UUUCCCUGUCCGGUUGUAAAGUCCUGUGCGCAUUUAUGAAAUCACAUGGCAUUAAGAAUGCUUCAAAGAUGGCGGUAGCAUCGGCGCUUUGUGGUAACAGAGUGCAGAAAAGUGCGUGUUUGGAGGUGCUGGUACGGGAGCGAUGGCACGCGGUGCUGGCGAGUUUAAGCGACGAGUUGCUGACGCUCAGCUGCGAGGAGUCCGUGGGAGACACGAGCGUCAACCUGAACGUCAUCACCACCAACGGCUCUUAUGAGCUAGCAGACCCCACGAACAAUCCCGAAGCCGGUAUUAGGACUCCUUACACAGAUUCACAAGUGCCAGAAGCGAUUGCGAACCGCAAAAGAUGUGUGAAAGUUAUCAAACAGGAGGUCGGGGGGCUGGGGAUCAGCAUCAAAGGUGGGAAGGAGAACAAGAUGCCUAUACUUAUUAGUAAAAUUUUCAAAGGUCUUGCUGCGGAUCAGACUCAAGCGCUGUACGUGGGGGACGCGUUACUGUCCGUGAACGGGAUAAAUCUGCGGGACGCCACACACGACGAGGCGGUGCAGGUGCUGAAGAAAGCGGGCAGAGAAGUUGUGCUGGAAGUGAAGUACAUGCGAGAAGCCACCCCAUAUGUGAAAAAAGGGUCACCAGUGUCUGAGAUUGGCUGGGAGACCCCUCCGCCUGAGUCUCCUCGUCUCAGCAGUCCUCUCUCCGAUAUCCGCAGCCCCCUCUCGCUGUCCUUACAGGGCGACCGUAGAUACAUCCCCCUCAAUAUGUGCUACAUCACUCGCAGUAUGACCACCCCUGACCCAGAAAACAGGCAUCUGGAGCUGCACUCCCCUGACGCAAAGCAUACUAUAGUAAUGCGGUAUAAAGACACAGCAUCUGUUCAGACCUGGUUCACUCUCAUGCAGUCCACCAUCACAAACCUCACCAGCAAGGUCAUCAGCGAACUCCGAGAACAUGCGGGCCGCCAUGGCAUCGUAGGGAGUCGAGAGAUACGACACCUCGGCUGGCUUGCGGAAAAGACGGAAAGUGAGAGGCAGUGCUGGAAGCCGGUGCUCGUGGUGUUGACAGAGAAAGACCUGCUCUUGUUUGACAGUUUGCCACGCAUGAGAGAACACUGGCUCAGCCCCUCACAUACCUACCCUCUGCUUGCCACACGGCUGGUGCACUCUGGCCCAGAUAAGGGUUCACUGCAGCCUUGUGGUGAGUUGUCCUUUGCCACAAGGACAGGAACCAGAUUGGGUAUUGAGAUGCACCUCUUCAGGGUGGAGACCUGCAAGGACCUGUCACUCUGGACCAGGCACAUAGUAACUGGCUGCCAUGCAUCUGCCGAGAUGAUCAAAGAAGUCACUACAAGCUGUAUGUAUGAAGGUCAGGACUGUCGAUUGGUCAUUCACUAUGAGCGAGGGUUUUCUGUGAUAGUAGAUGGAGAGGACAACACUCUGGCCCAGACUAUUUUUAGCUACCCAUUCGAAAAGCUGAAGAUGUCUGCUGACGACGGCGUGCGAAUCCUCUAUUUGGACUUUGGAGGGAAAGAGGGUGAAAUUCAUCUGGACUUGCACUCCUGUCCCAAACCAAUUGUUUUUAUCCUUCACUCCUUCCUAUCUGCCAAGAUUGCAAGACUAGGAUUGGUAGCCUAAGAUCAAACUUUUAUUGACUGAAAAAGUGAUGUGACCAUUCCAGCAUGGAGAAAGGAUAUCCAGGACAUAGUGAAACUCGCAAGUCUGAAAUAGGCCACUGAAGCAGAACUGAUGAUGAAGUAAAUCAGACUUUUGGCUGAUUUUAAUUACAUUUCAAUAAUGAUAAAAUGUUAAUUAUAGUGAAAUGCCAUUUCACACACACUGAUUAUCUAAGAAAAAGAUCAAAACUAUAACUAAAAAGGUAAUACUAGAAAUAUUCUUUAUUUAUCCUAUACAUGCUAAAUUCUUUGACAGCAAAGUAUUCAGCACUAACUUUAAUGUAAUGUUGAGAGGAAAGGAACCCAUCUGUAUGGAAGCUGUCUGCGUAAUUAGUUCUGUCUUGCAGAUAAUGUGGAUUAAAGAAAGGCUAGUUUUAAACCCUGUUAAUGCACAUAAAAGUCAAACAGCCAGAAAACAGUUGUCUUGUUUUGUUUCUGGUGCUUCACUGAUAGUUCAGCAGAAUCAAAAAGGAUAAUCUAGAGAGCUGGUCAUCAAAGAGGCAUGUCAACAAACUGUCUGGUUUCACAAGGCCUUUGUGUCAAAAAUGGAACUCGAGACCGGGACAGUCCUCCCCUUCACUACUCUAUCUGUUUUCACUGACAAAUGGAGCUUCUGUGACUUUUACAAAUGGCUUGCCUCCAAAAUCUAGAGUUGUGUAUAAACUUUUUAACUUAAAAGAUAGUUCACCCAAAAAUUGGAAUGAUCUGAAAGAUUUUCUCUCCUAAAUGAUUCCACAUUGCAUGUUGUGCAUUGCCAUUGUUGAGGCUCAGAUUUGCACUCCAUGGCCUGUGGACAUAUUUAGCUUCACUGUACACAAACAAAGGCAAUGUCAGUAAUAAGUUAUAAAUUAGAGCACUUGAGGGUUUCCAAGUAAGCUAGCAAUUAAUGUGUCCAUUGUCAGGCACUGAGUGUUCCCAGAGCACUGAUCCAUUGUAGAGGCUAUGAAUUUGGGUACAGCAGAGCCCCUGUGAGACAGUCCAACUAUAAAGUUUUUUGUGCAAAUAAUAAUUUGUCACCCCAUCUUGGACCUCUAAAACUAUAUAGGCUGUUUUUAGAUGCUGUGUCUUGAAGAUUAUGCAAAUAUCCUCUUCAUGUGAAAUGAGGAUCAGCAUUUUUGUACUUAAGGUGUGGCCGUACUAGAGUUUGUUCUUCAUUUGCAUUUGAAUGUUCAAGAGUAAAUGCAAGCUCAUGCAAAUACAUUUAGCAUUCCAUUGCUUAUCAAAGUUCAAGUUUGGCUAACUCUGACCUGCAAAAUCAUAUGACGAGAAGACAUGUGACCAAUAGAAGAUCAAUGUUUCCUUUUGAUCACUUGGUUCAGUACAAAGAACAUUGAAAGAUGUAAAGCAUAUAUUAAAGUUGCAUGUUUUUAUUGUUUCAGCAAAGUGGAUUAGGUGGUAUAUUUUAACAUGUUGAAUAUAAUAUUUGUUAUUUGAAAUGAAUUAUUAAAAACAGCAGCCCUAGAGGAUAGCAUAUCAUUCUUUCCAGGGUCAGAGGUAAUUUUGCAUGCUAGAAAAGGCGAGUGCUACUGCAGCUUUUCUCACAAGCUGGAUAUUUGUUGUCUGUCUAAUGUAUUUUUUUUUAAAUGGCUCCACCCUUCAAUAACAGCCUCUUUGCAAAGUUUGCAGCUAAGUUUAUGGGGUUUUUUUCACUGGGGAAAAAGUAUUAUUUCAUAGUACAAUGAACUCAUCUCAAAAGAUUAACUUGCUGAGACCAGAGCGUGUCUGAUGUGUGCAUAUUUGUAACUAGUAGCACCUAAAAAAACAAGCAAAUAAUAAUUUCUAGAGCAAAUAGUUUUCCUAAAAAUGUAUGUCCACAUAUGUGAACAACUGGACUAAGUUGUGACAUUUUAAAUAAUACCAAGCUAUUGUUUAUAAUAUUUCCAGAAGUGUUAGUUAUUCAUGUUUUAGAGAUCUAACAGAUAUUACAUAAGAAAUUAGCAUAAUUAAUUCUGAUUCAAAGUAACGGCCAGCAUCAUCCAAUCACUGCCAAACAUGUUCAAAUAAAAUGAUUCAUGAAAAUUCUGAAUGUGUACUGAUUACUAUUGUCCUAUGUCUGUGGGAGUGGUGGUGGUGGUGGUGGCGUAGUGGCUAAAGCACAGGGCUGUUAAUCAGAACUAACCCCAUGGCCACCACCAUUGUGUCCUUGAGCAAGG